CCACUACAGAGGCUACAGCCUCUGCUCGAGCAGAGCAAAUUAAGCAGAGCAUGGGCAGUGCGGCGGGCAUCGUCGUGGUCAUCCUGGCGAUGAUGACGACGAUGAUGAUGAGCCUCUGCUCGAGCCUCGCGGCGGCGCGUGUCGUGACGACGAGGUGGCGCCGCCACCGGCGCGACGUCGUCGCUCCGCCGGCGGGCGGCGGUGGCGCCUGCGCGCUGGCCGUGGCCCCGUCCGGCUACCCCUGCGAAGAGCACGAGGUUGAGUUCAUGGAUCACGCAAACAUGCAUGGUAUCUGAACGAACGUGUGCACCCUGCCGAUCGAUCGAACAGACGUCUGAGGAAACUAUUCUGCGAUCGAUGGAUGUAGGUGACGACGGGGGGCGGAUACAUCCUGAGCUUGCAGCGGAUCCCGAGGGGCCAUCCGGGGCGCGCCGGCGGAUCAUCAGGCGCGGGGCAGCCGGUGCUUCUGCAGCAUGGGGUUCUCGCGGACGGCAUGACAUGGCUGCUGGGGUCGCCGGAGGAGUCGCUGGCGUACGUGCUGGCCGACCGCGGCUUCGACGUCUGGGUCGCCAACAACAGGGGCACCCGCUGGAGCCGCCGCCACACCUCCCUCGACGCCACUUCCUGGAGGUACUGGGACUGGUCGUGGGACGACCUGGUGGUCAACGACAUGCCGGACGUGGUGGACUACGUGCGCACCCGCACCGCCCACAAGCCGCACUACGUCGGCCACUCCAUGGGGACGCUGGUGGCGCUGGCGGCCUUGUCGGAAGGGAAGGUGUCGGAGAAGCUCAAGUCGGCGACGCUGCUCUCCCCUGUCGCGUACCUCUCCCACAUGACCACGCCCCUCGGCAUACUCCUCGCAAACACAUUCGCCGGAGAGCUCAUCUCUGACCUUGGCGUCGCCGAGUUCAACCCGACGUCGCCUGAGGUGACCAACAUUGUCAGCGGGCUGUGCCACAACCCUGGGAUCAACUGCUACGACUUCAUCAGGGAUUUCACAGGGGAGAACUACUGCCUGAACAGCUCGGCGAUCGACGUGGUCCUCCAGUACGAGCCCCAGCCGACGUCCACCAAGACCCUGGUCCAUUUCGCCCAGACGUUCCGGGCCGGCGUGCUGACCAAGUACGACUACGUGAGUCCGGAGGUGAACGUGGAGAACUACGGGCAGGAGGAGCCGCCGGCGUACAACAUGAGCCGCAUCCCGGUGGGGUUCCCUCUCUUCCUCAGCUACGGCGGCCAGGACGAUCUGGCCGACCCCGCCGACGUCGACCUCCUCCUCGCCGACCUCCGCCGCGGCGGCCAUAGCGACGCCACCAUGACGGUGCAGUACCUGGACAAGUUCGCGCACCUCGACUUCAUCUUCGGUGUCUGCGCCAAGGAUUAUGUUUACAAGGACGUCGUCUCCUUCCUCAACCGCUUCAACUAGCACAUAGCAAAACAGACCGACAGGCAGACAGAAGAACAUCUACUAGUAUACAGUAUACUACACGUAGUCGUUGGUGCAAUAAUGCCAAGGAGAAAUUAACACAUUCAUAGUCACAAUGUUUCAUAAUUGUUUACAUGAUAGGUGCGUACAUGUUUAGCUGCCUAUGAAAUCGUCUCCUAUGUUGUGCAACCUCUGGCGGCUGGCCGGUCCCGGGGUUACACAUCAAGAUCGUAGUCGAAGAAGUUGAUCAUACACACAAUCACAAAGUACAGUAAAGUAGAUGAACACCAGAAAGUAGAGAGGAACAUGAUCUCUUUAUUAAUUUUUGAUCUCAAGUGUACGUA